AUGGACAUCGAAACUACUGAGUCAGACAGCUUCGUCAACUACGUACUAGUGGUUGUUGUCCUCAGUGCUGCCACCUACCUUGUGAGGAGGUACUUCAAAGGCGCUCAGUUCACCGAGCGUGUGUCGGCUAAAGGACUUGUGGCUGUGGUGACGGGCGCAAACAGUGGUAUUGGACUGGAAACUGUGCGAGGGCUAAAUCUUGCUAAAGCCAAGGUUUGUGCUAGGUUUAACCUUACUACCUCUUAA